UUAAAUGUAUCUAUUCCCAUAUAUAAAAUUGAUGGUACACUUAACGUGCGUGGCUGCAUUAUGCACAAAUGUUCUUUUGUUGUCGAGUACCAAGGACACAGAGAAUGGGUCACCGCUGAAGCUACCCAACUAGGGAAGAUUAAUUUAAUCUUAGGCUGGACCUGGCUAUUUAAACACAAUCCUGAGAUCAACUGGCAGACAGGGGUUAUCACUUUAUCAUGUUGCCCUUAG